UACCAGAGCAGUCAGGAGAAUCGCAGGAGCAUUUCCCAUCUUCUUCAUGGCUUACGAAAUUGUUGCCUCUAAGAUGAAGCUGAAACCUGGAGUUACCCUAAAAUUAUCAGGAGACAUAUCACCUGAUGCCAAGCAUUUCAGAAUUGCACUGGGCAAUGAUGGCAGGGGUAAUAUUGCAAUGCACUUCAAUGCACGCUUCAACUAUUUAGGUGAUUACAAUGUCAUCGUCUUAAACACCAUGGAGAAAGAAAAUUGGGGCGAGGAAAUAAGGGAGGAAAACUUCCCCUUUAUGGACGGGACCAACGUGGAGAUUAUCUUACAGUUCCAAGAACAUUCUUUUUUCGUGAAGCUUCCUAAUAAUCAAGAGAUAUCUAUUCCCAAUCGCACUGAGGUAACAACUAUCGACUACUUGAGAACUAGUGCUGACAUCACAAUCAAAUCAUUGGCCUUCGAAUGAGCCCUCCAAUGCAACAAACUUCAGAGCAUCCUUAAGUCUUGAGGCUCUCUUAGUCCUAAUAAAUGUGCUGCUAAUGAUAA